AGCUGUAUGAAUAUUGGAAACAAUGCAACCAUACAUUAACUUCCGGCGUUUACGAAUUUAAACGUUUAUAAAAAUAUUGAUUAAAUAUGGUACGAAGUAAGUCCCAUUCAAGCAGUGAUGACGAAAGAGAACACCAUCAUAAGGAGAAGCAUCAUAGGAAACGAUCUAGCAGCCCUAAGAGAUCACACAAGAAACAGCGUACUCGGAGUUCUACAUCACCCUUGGAAAGGUCGGGAGAUGUAAAGAGAAAAAUAAAGUCAGAGCCAUUGUCAAACACUGAAGGAGAUUCAAGCCCAGAAAGAAAACCCAAAAUGAAAAAGGAACAUACACUCAGCAGGGGUGAUCGUGAACAUAAUAGACACAGAAUCCAGGGUGAAAGACACGCAGAUCGCGAAAUUCAUCACAGAGCUGGGAGACAUGGUCACAGCGAUAAUGUCCGUGUCAAGCAAGAGCCAGAUAGCGAAGAAGAUAUGAGGCAGCAGAGAAAUGAGCGCAGGGUCCAUGAUCAAAGACGGCGUGAAAACAGACAAAAGAGAGGUCUGCCAGAAAGAGAGCAGUUUGGACGACCAGAAUCUGAUGCGGCCACAGGAGGACAGGAGAAUGCAGCACAGCAGCCAAAAGAUGCUCCUAAUUUUGAGUUGUCUGGUAAACUCACAGAGGAUACAAACACUUACAAAGGAGUUGUUAUAAAAUACAAUGAGCCACCUGAGGCCAGGAAACCUAAGAAGCGCUGGAGGCUUUACCCUUUUAAGAAUGACGAGGCGCUGAAACCUUUUCACAUGCAUCGUCAGAGUGCUUUUUUGUUCGGUAGAGACAGAAUUAUUGCUGAUAUUCCGGUCGAUCAUCCUUCAUGUUCGAAGCAGCAUGCAGUAUUUCAGUACCGUAUGGUGCCAUAUGAGAAGCCUGAUGGUAGAAAGGCUUACAAGAUUGCUCCCUACAUUAUUGAUCUGGAAUCUGCCAACGGGACAUUUGUCAACAACAAGAGGAUUGAGAGUCGAUGCUAUGUUGAGCUCAUGGAGAAAGACGUUAUAAAGUUUGGAUUCAGUUCAAGGGAGUAUGUUUUGUUGCAUGACAAAUCAAACACAGAUGAGGUGGCCUCUGACGUAUCGGACUGAACAUGUUCAUUUAUAAACAACAAUGAAGAAAUGAGGUUUCUGACAAACGUCUACAACACAUAUCCAUAAUACAUGUAUCAUGUUCUUAUGUCUUCAAGAAUGAAUGCUCUUAGUCUAGAAGUUCAUGGUUGUAAAUUGUCAGCAAACUCUCAUCAUUGAUUCAUACAGUUUCUGAUGACACCACAUACUGUCAGACCUUGGUUCUAAAUAAUGAACUUUUGGGCUGUUUGGAUGGAUCAAUGUACUUGUCCUUAUCAUGCAGUGAAUGAUUGGUAUGUUAGGUCAAUUGUGUUUGAAUUUGUUGAUCAACUGGUUGGGUUUUUUUGGUGAUUAGAAUAAUUGAUUUAAACCAUCACAAAUUAAACAUAUUCAGAUUUUUAAGUACCAUUAAAUUCAUCACAAAAUGGUCUUACCAACAUGCACACAUUUUAUUUAAAAUCUUGAAUGUUUUUAUUGAUGAAGAUGACACAAAGUUCAAGAAAUCUACUCACAUGUUUUCAAGCUCGAGUCUGCUAAUUUGUACAUUUCAUCCUGUACAAUAUAUGAACAUGUAUUUAUGUUUAUUGAAUGUAUGUAAUGUAAGCAAAUUUAUUUAGAAAAUAGUGAUUCUUUGUGUUUAUUAAAAGUAACAAGUUUAAGGAUGACAGCAGAGCUAUAAAAGAUCUUACUCACAUUGCUUUAUAAAUAACCACUGUUGGAAUACAGAAAUUUGUAUAGUUUAUUGCACUUGUAAAAUAUUAAUCAUAUGCUUAAUGUAUGUAUUAAAGAAAGGAAUACUACUGUACCUAAUAUAAAAUUUCAUGACAUGCACAUUCCUUGUGAAAGUUGUCAAAUGUAUAAAAGCUGUGUCAUGCAAAAUUUGGUCUUACGCCAUAUGUUGCCAGCUUAGCUUCAAACAAGCAUUCAUGAAGUCUGAUCAGGAGCCUCCCUGUCUGUUUAUGAGACCAAGCAACCUUGCGUUACUUUAUAGUGGACAGUGUUGCUCUUGAUUAGACUACGUGAAUGCUGCAGUGCACAGACCUAUUUUCGCAUUAUACUUAUAUACAUAUGUUAUAAAAUGCUUGCUGGUUAGGUAGUUAUCACUCUUUAAUCAAGUGAUGUGGUAUGUUGGUGAAAUAAACAAUAAAUAAAAUAUUAAAAGAUAA